UCCUCUGUUGAAGCGCUCCCAGGACAGGAGAGUUUUGUGGUUUGUAACUUUUAUUUUUAUUUUUAUUUUUCCUGGUCGGAUUUUUUGGAGGGCCCAUGCGAUGUCACGGACUAUUAAAAGAAGAAAGAAAUGUUUGCGUUUAGUGUUGUGCUUUCCGUACUAAGGCGUUUGAUGCGUUUAUUUGUUGAAACCAGUUGAGCAACUGGCGACAGGACUCUAUAAUCAAUGUGGUGUCAGCUGGAAGGACGCGGGGUCCGGAUCUCACCUAAACGCUGAUACGUCUUGGGAGUGAUGCACUGGCUUCCCCUGGUUGCCAUGGUGAUUGCCUCGGCCCUGCCCUUCCCUCACAACCCCGUGUCCAGGAUUGCCGCCGCGACGACACAGCCGGGCUUCGACGAGCGCAGAGAGCACCCGGCUGCUCGCCUCGCAGCUCCCCCUGUGGACUACAACAUCCAUAGGAAUGCCUCACAAACGGACUACAACAUGGCUGCUGCUCUUAGCCAACACAGCAAACGACAACCGCUCCAGUACCGUUGGGAUUAUGUGAAAUCCUCCGCAGAUGAAGAGACUUCCACGUUCAAAGUGGAGAAUCAAGGAACCUAUCAAUCGAACAGCAACUCAGGCAGCGAUGACAAAAGCAGCGUCAGCGUGGAUGCUCCCACGGAAGGAGGAACACUCAGGACCGAGGAUAUUUCCCAGGAUAAUUCACUACCAAAGGACUAUAAAGUUGACAGCAGCAGCGGGCGAGAUUACUCCAGUUUUGUUGACUUUUCCAAGGACAAUAAUCGGGACUCCACAGAAAGACUGUUGCAGGUUUCUACAGCGGAGACCUUUAUUGCCGUCAGUCCUGCUGCUAAUUUAAGGGAUCACAGAGGACCAGAACCAACCGUUCCCUCGGAAAAACUGAGAGAUGCGCCCACAGUCGGGACAGGAAGCACGUGGACACCGGGGGCUGUGAGAGGUCUAGCUCAGGAGAACUUGGACCUGGAGGCAGGGGUGGGUCUGGAGACUGGGCUGGACAGCAUCUUAGAAGGAGAUGAGAUGUUUCUGGACGCACAUCCGCGAGUCCUGUUUUCUCCCUCGCCGUCGCCUCCUGAACACCCGCCUCACCUGCUCAUGUUGGAGAGCGGCCUGCUGGAGGAGGACAGGGACAGGGAGGAUCAGGACGACCUGGACGGCCACAUCGAGGGUCACGGGGACAGGGCCAUCGACCGGAGCACCACGCCGAGCUGGGCUGAGGUCGCCCGUCCUGUUAAAAGGGAUAAACGCUCGCACUUGAUCGAUAGAAGAAGAGGGGAGAAGUCGGUGUGCGAGGCGGAAAGUGUUUGGGUUACCGACAAGAAGACCGCCAUCGACUCCCACGGUCAGAAGGUCACCAUCUUGCAGGAGAUCCAGACCCAGACGGGACCGCUCAAACAGUACUUCUAUGAGACUCGCUGUCGCGAGGCCGAGCAGUUCAGCAACGUCAGGCCCGGCGCGCCUCCGAAAUCUGUGGGGACAGGCGUAGCCGGGGCCGGCUGCUUUGGCGUGGACACAAAACAGUGGCUGAGCGAGUGCAAAGCCAAGCAGUCGUACGUCCGAGCGCUCACCAAAGACGUUAACAACCGAACCGGAUGGAGGUGGAUCCGCAUCGACUCGUCCUGCGUGUGCGUGCUGCUGUCCAGAGUCAACCAGGCGCUGGGGAGGGAGGUCUUGACGAGGAAGGGGAGAGGCUGAGAGAGAGAGAGUGGAGGGGGGAGAUAGAGAGAUGGCAAGUAGUAGAAAGUGACACGGAGCUGAGCAGCUGUGACAUCCUUCUGUAGGCAUGAUGGCUCGUUAUUUCUCUCCUUUCCAUCCCUCCCUCUACCACAACUUCAACUGACUUUAAAAAACAAAACAAGAAGACCUCAAUAUUAGAUCUUAGGGAAAAUUGUCAUAUAUAGAUAUUUUACGUUGAAAAGUACUGUUCCGUUUUUGUAUGAUUUAUCUUUCAUAAUCUAAGUUAUUUUUAAUUAGUAUGUAAGCAUGUGUAUGUCUUUGAUAUUAAUAUAUUCCUUUAUAUAUGUGUACAAUAUGACACCAGUAUACCUUUCUUGUAUGAAGCUAUGUAUAUCUGUGUGUAUUUAUAGAAGACGUUUUCAUGGAGUGGUAGGUCGCUCCAGUGUCUGAUGAUAAUUCCAGCCUCUGGGCCGCUCGGGUUGCGAGAGGAAGGAGCGCCACCUACUGCGGCUCCGUUUUACUGCUCCACACUGUUCCCAUAGGGAUACCGGAACUACAACAUGGGCUUUAGCACACUUUAGCAUGGUUUCACUCAGGCUGACGAUGUGACAGGAAACAUAACAGAGUGUGGAUCUUGUUCAAUGUGGUUCAUGAAUGUGAAUUAUAUGACACCUAAACAAGCUAAUGUUACCAUCUCCGGGUUUGUUCAGUUUGCCUGCCAAAAUGUGGUAAUAAAGGAUCUUUAUACUCAGAUAUAUUUUUUUUUUUUUUCACAGAACGUAACUGAAUGUAAAUAUGCAGAACUGAAUUGUCAAAGCACUCUGGGAUUUAUUUUGGAAAAGAUAAGUACAUUUCAAUUAUUUUACUGCUGCUACAUUAGAGGCAGUUUCCUCAAAAUAGAGCUUCAUAAAACACAGUCAGUGUUAGAAGUAAUCAGCUCUGUUACUUAUGUAAAAGUAACAAUACCAUCAUUUAAGGAAGGGGGGGGGGGGGGCCUUAAAGGUGUACAGUACAGCGUAAAUAUUUCAGCUCUUAGAUAUCAUGAAACUUCCCCAGUUGCUUACUUAAGAAAUUAUUUUAUGGAUCACAAUUAAAUGCUAAUUUGAAUACAUCUCCAGGACAGAAAUCUGAACAUUGGAUAAAGCAGGUUCAAAAUUCUUGUUUAAUUUUGUCGACAUAUUAGAGUCAAAGGUUUUUACAGAGGGGAUUUUGGAUUUCUCUUUUUUUUAUCAUUUCAUGAUUUAGAUAAACAGCCAUAAAAAGAUCAAUUUACACCAUGAAUCAGGCUAUGAAUGAUAUAUAUAUAUAUAUAUAUAUAUAUAUAUAUAUAUAUAUAUAGGAAUGAAAGUGGAAACUUUGGUUUAUGUCCAGUAAGUGCUACAUACUGGCUUAGAGUAUGAGGAAAAACUAACAGCCUUUGACGAUAUGUAUUAUAUAAUUAUACAUAUCACCAUGAAACUUCCCUGGUUGAUUACUUACAUUAAGACAAUUGUUUUUUUGUAAUAUGUUUUCUGAAAAUGUAUGUUAAAAUAUGAAAAUUGGGCAU